AUGGGGCCCCCGGGCAAUAGGGGAUCAUGGGGCCCCUGUGUCCUUGCCCAAACUCAAAAAAGCCUAUGAAAAAGUCUGAGCUCUGAUACUCAGGGUUGCAACAGGCUGAUACCAGGUCAGAUUUAAGCAAGUGCACUGCUUGUGUUUAAGAAAUGCAACGGAAUCGGGCCCAAAAAGGGGCGGAUUGACAACUCAUGGGGCCCCCGGGCAAUAGGGGAUCAUGGGGCCCCUGUGUCCUUGCCCAAACUCAAAAAGCCUAUGAAAAAGGUACCAGGGGCAUCUCAUGGGGCCCCCUAUUGACCCCGGGCCCUCGGGCAGUGCCCGAGUUUCCAAAUGGUCAGUCCGCCCCUGUCUGCAACAUAUUUCAUUUACAUUUUAGAGUUUAGAUACACUUUAAUAACAGAAAAGUGUGAAUACAAAGCUGCAUUAACCUGUGUCUUUUACAUCUACUUGGAGUU